UUUCAGCACUGUAGUAGUGUAGUAUCGAGGCAUGGCUUACAGCAGUCCUUUCAUGAAAGCUGUAACUACCGCCAAGGACCCGAUGAGUUGUAUCGUUGGUCCUCCUCCUCCACCAAUCAGUAGUAAGAAGGUCAUCUAUACACCUUUCUCCAGGGUAACCACUACUGAUAAGAAGCAAUGUAUCAGAGGGCUCAUCUACAAGAAUUUGGCUUCAUCUUCAGCCAACCACUGUCAAUUAAAUUGGAGCAACAUCCCCGAUGUGGUGCUGAUCAAGAUCUACAAGAACCUGUCGUUCUUAGACCGAGCGAGGGCUUCCAGCGUCUGCAAACACUGGCAUGACAUCUACAAGCUACCGGAACUCUGGCAUAAAUUUGAGUUUGAGUUUACGCAAGAGUCAACAUCUUACAUCAAGUCUACUCCACCCAGAUUGGUGAAGCAGGUCAUCCAACAGUAUACUAAGCACCUGAAAUAUGUCACCAUUAAAGUAGAUAGCCAUCAGGCGUCAGCGGAAGCAGCAUGUGAUAUCUUAUCUCGGCUGGUCAACUGUUCUCUCAAGACCCUAGAAUUGAUGUUAACGGCCAGACCUAGCUUUCACUUGGUCAAUCCGGUCAAGCUUCUAACUCCAUUGACCGUUGUACUGGUCAACUCACCCACCUUGUCAUCUCUGGCCUUGGACGAGACACCUGUUGAUGAUCCAUGGCUUGAGAAUAUGGCUGUCUCAAACAAAGACUCUCUUAUGCUCCUUAAGAUAGCAAGCUGUCCACUCGUCUCCUCCAAAGGCAUGCUCCAUGUUGCAGACACAUGUAGACAGCUGCAUGAGCUCAAUAUAAACUACGUCCAUGUGAGUGACAGCUUACUACUGGCUCUAUCAAGGGAAGAACACGUCAAGUUGAAGCACCUAUGUGUUAAUGUCAUCUGUGAGAACAAUGACACACCAAUGCAGCAUCAUGUCAUCAAGAAACAGAGCUGGGACGCCCUCGCCAGCCAUUCUCCAAGCACCAUUGUCUCAAUGUGCUUCUAUGUGCUUCGAGACACAGAUUUCACACCCUUCUUCACCUAUGUGACACCCGCCACGCAUGUCUACUUUGGGCGUUCUGUGUCCAGAGAUGUCCUGAUUCGCAUGGGAGAGAACUGCCCCAAGCUUCAAGAGCUGGUGAUCUGUGCUAAUGGUAAUCAACCUCUUGACGAACCAAUCGUUACAAUCGCUCGUAAAUGUAAGGAGCUUCAUUCCCUUGGUCUUGGUGAGUGUGAGGUUUCCUGUUCGUGUCUGGUGAAGGUAGCAAGGCUCUGCGGUGAGAGGCUGACAGAGUUCUUUGUCAGAGAAGAAGUAGUCUUUGAAGAUGAUGAAUACGACCUGGACACAAUGACUAGCGAGGUAUGCCAGUACCUGGGCAGGACCUGGAGUGCAGAGUGCAUGCCGUUCUGGAAUGAAUAAACUCUGAACUUUAAAAGCCUUACUGGACUUUUUAAAAAUUGAAAAAGAAUCAAUAUGAACAUUAUGAUCGUCAAUGUUGCCUCACGGGAAUGAUCAGGUGUCUUUCUAGAAUGGCUAGAUUAACUUCUAGAUCUUCCAAGAGGUAUGUCAUGGAAAAGAACUGAUUAUUCUCAUUGAAGACUAAUGACCUGAUCUUUUUUUUAACCUCCAUCUACAGAUGUGUGAGGUUAUUUUAUAUGAUCAAGCAAAUGCUUGGAUCUUCUAAAGAAUCAUUAUUUAGUGCCCAUGGAUUUUGGUAUUAUUUGUUCCAACUUGUAUAAAAUAUAGUAGGGAGCAUGCAACUAAAAUUUGGAAUAAGAUAUAUAUUAUUUUAAUGUAUUUCCUUGAGGAAUGUGGUUGCUUCUGUAUCAGUUAUGUUGCAAUGAGAAUUUACAGCAGUCUCUGGGUUUCAUCUUGCAUGACUGAUUGUGUAAAAUAUUGAUAAAGUUAUGCCAUAACAGCAUGGAUUUAUGUACAUAAGUUGACUGCCAUUCUGUACAGAAAUACAUAUAUAUGUUAUAUAUUAUAUAUAAAUUUAAACUGUGAAAUUAAGGAAUGUAAUUUAUUUUGUUAUUCAGAAAGUUUCAAGAUCAUCUGUGUGAACAUCUUUAUUACACUUGCACUGAUAAGAAAAAAAAUGUGUUAUCCCCGCACCCACAUUAAACAUGUAUGAAUACUAUAUUGUAAUUCAAAUUACCACAAUUAUCAAGAAAAAUGUGGGACUGUCAAAUCUUUUAUGCAUUUCAGCUAUUUGAAUGUCUUUUGUGCUUGAUAAAUUGUACUCUCCGUGAGUUAAAAAUGAAUUUCCAAGUAAAGAGUACAAAUAAUACCUGUAAGUAUACAUACACACCUAUAAUUAAUAAUAAUGAUAGCUGGAUUUUUAAAGCACUUUUUUGCCCGAGGAUACAAAGCGCUGCUAUUACCCCGGCUAUAGCCGCGCUGCUUGCAGGCGCUCUGGCGUCCGAGCUAUUUCUUCAUCCCGGGCACCCAUUCACCUACAUGUGGGUUGAGUGCAGCACAAUGUGGGUAAAUUUCUUGCUGAAGGAAAACAGACCAUGGCUGGGAAUCGAACCCACGUCCCUCAGAUUGAAAGACGAGAGUCAUAACCACUACACCACGACUCUGCAGUAAGAUAUAAUUCUAGGAUAUAACACUUUUCUCCUUUUCUUAAAAUCAUGAAUUAGACAAUUUGCCAGAAUUUGCUCCCUCCUCUUAGAUACAUGUACAGUGAUAAACUUUUCUAGUUGGUAUUGUUUACUUGUACUAGUGGCAUACAUAAUUAUGUACAGCCUUUCUUUACGAGAAUAGAGAAGUGUAUCAGUUUUGCCAUUUUGAAUUGAAUGUGUCAAUUGUAAUGUCAUAGUCAUGUUGGUUACUUAUACAUUAUGAUGUGCGUAAGGUAUGUCAUGUAGUUCACUUUGUUCUCCAAAGUAUUUCCAUUUCAUUUGAUGCCAUCUCUCCCAUUAACUUUGGAACAAGAUAGCUUGUGCGAAAACAGAAAAAUCAAAGAAACAGAUCAAUGAAAUUUUGAGAAAAAUCAGACAAAUAAUGAGGAAGUUAUGAGCAUUUGAAUAUUGCGAUCACUAAUGCUAUGGAGAUCCUCACGUUGGCAAUGCAACAAAGAUGUGUGAUGUCACUUGUGAACAACUCUCCCCAUUAAUUUAUCAUAUAUUUCACUUAAGCUGCCUCUUUUAUCACAUCUAUCAGUAGGUUAUGUGUUCUAUCUAUAGGAGGGCAUGUAAUACAGAUUUUUAAAGAAUACAUCAUGGAUAAAGAGUUUGUAUCACCGUAAGAAAAAGCAAAGAGACAUUUUGGGGGUAUUUUAUAGUCCAUCAAAGGGAAAGUUGUUCACAUGUGACAUCACACAUCCUUGUCGCAUUGCCAAUGGGAGGAUCCCCAUAGCAUUAGUGAUUGCAAUAUUCAAAUGCUCAUAACUUUCUCAUUAUUUGUCCGAUUUUUCUCAAACUUUCUUUGUUCUUAUUCUGUGAUUUUUCUGUUUCGACAUAAGCCUACUUGUUCCAAAGGUUUCAUUCCCCUUUAAAUAUGGGGAGAUCAGGCGUGUAGGCAAAAAUUGAAUUAUAAGAAAAUUCCAGAAGUAAAUGAAGCAAUGCUUAAUACUGUUGAAAGUAAUACACAUAUUCUUAUAAGUGUUUACACUUCACUUUUGGGGUCUAGAACGUUGACAAUCAGAUGAAUACUGUAAGCCUUAGACUUUUCAAGUUAAUUUAACUUAGAUGUAAACUAUUCGGUAAAUUUGUGCAGAUUUAAUACUACUCCCCAACAUUGUGCUUUUUGUUACACAUGAUCUGUAAGUGUAUUCUAUAUUGUGCAUUAUUAAAGUUUCAAAAGUGCACUUUGUUUUUUCACAUCUUUCAAAGCACAGUAGCUUGCGAGAUCGAUACUCUUCUGCAUAUAAUAUCACAGGCACUAAAUAUGUUAAAUGUGUAAUGAUUUGGCUUUGCAAUUUCACUGUACAUGUUACUCCCCCCCC